GUCAUCUCUUAUAUUCCAGUCGCCAAGGAAAGAGAGAGAGAGAGAGAGAGGAAAAAAAAAUCAAGCAACAACCAACCCACCCCGUAGCUGACAUUUCCCUCCAUUUUAACCCCUUUUUGGUUAGGAGCUGGUUUUGCCCAAAUUUGUUUUAAUGUUUGGGAUUCAGGAAAAUAUACCAAGAGGUGGGACGACCAUGAAAGAAGAGCCGCUGGGCACUGGGAUGAAUCCCGUCCGCUCCUGGAUGCACACGGCGGGGGUAGUGGAUGCUAACACGGCCGCCCAAAGCGGCGUGGGGCUGGCUCGGGCACAUUUCGAGAAACAGCCGCCUUCCAAUCUCAGAAAAUCCAAUUUUUUCCACUUCGUCUUAGCUCUGUACGACAGGCAGGGGCAGCCGGUGGAGAUUGAGAGAACGGCUUUUGUGGACUUUGUGGAGAAAGAGAAAGAGCCCAACAAUGAAAAAACUAACAAUGGGAUUCAUUAUAAACUUCAGUUGUUGUAUAGCAACGGAGUCAGGACAGAGCAGGACCUGUAUGUCCGCCUCAUAGACUCAAUGACCAAACAGGCCAUCGUCUACGAAGGGCAAGAUAAGAACCCCGAGAUGUGUCGGGUCCUGCUGACACACGAGAUCAUGUGCAGCCGGUGCUGUGACAAGAAAAGUUGUGGCAACAGAAACGAGACUCCCUCAGACCCCGUUAUCAUUGACAGAUUCUUCCUAAAGUUUUUCCUCAAGUGCAAUCAGAACUGUUUGAAGAAUGCAGGCAACCCGAGAGACAUGCGAAGAUUCCAGGUUGUUGUAUCAACAACAGUCAAUGUGGAUGGCCACGUGCUGGCUGUCUCAGACAACAUGUUUGUACACAACAAUUCCAAACACGGGAGGCGGGCUCGCCGCCUUGACCCCUCAGAAGGUACGGCCCCUUCUUAUCUGGAAAAUGCAGCUACUCCGUGCAUAAAGGCCAUCAGUCCUAGUGAAGGCUGGACUACUGGUGGGGCUACUGUCAUCAUAAUCGGAGACAACUUCUUUGAUGGCUUACAAGUCGUAUUUGGAACUAUGUUGGUCUGGAGUGAGCUGAUAACACCCCACGCCAUCAGAGUUCAAACACCACCACGGCACAUUCCAGGAGUUGUUGAAGUAACUCUCUCCUACAAAUCUAAACAGUUCUGCAAAGGUGCUCCCGGCCGAUUUGUCUACACUGCGCUUAACGAACCAACCAUAGAUUAUGGCUUUCAGAGGUUGCAGAAAGUUAUUCCACGACAUCCAGGUGAUCCUGAAAGGUUACCAAAGGAAGUACUACUUAAAAGAGCAGCAGACCUUGUGGAAGCCCUAUAUGGGAUGCCCCAUAACAACCAGGAAAUAAUCCUGAAACGAGCAGCUGACAUUGCAGAGGCGUUAUACAGCGUGCCACGCAACCACAACCAGAUCCCCACUCUAGCCAACACUCCUGCUCACACUGGCAUGAUGGGAGUCAACUCCUUCAGCAGCCAGCUCGCCGUUAAUGUCUCCGAAACAUCACAAGCAAACGACCAAGUAGGUUACAGUCGCAACACAAGCAGUGUUUCCCCGCGAGGAUAUGUUCCCAGCAGUACUCCUCAGCAGUCCAAUUACAACACAGUCAGCAAUAGCAUGAAUGGAUAUGGCAAUGCCGGCAUGCCCAAUCUAGGUGUACCAGGUUCCCCUGGAUUUCUUAAUGGCUCCUCAGCUAACUCUCCUUACGGCAUAGUGCCGUCAAGCCCUACCAUGGCAGCCUCUUCGGUCACCCUCCCUUCAAACUGUAGCAGUACACACGGCAUUUUCUCAUUCUCACCUGCCAAUGUCAUCUCUGCAGUGAAACAAAAGAGCGCCUUCGCUCCUGUUGUCAGGCCCCAAGCCUCUCCUCCACCAUCUUGCACCAGUGCAAAUGGAAAUGGACUUCAAGCUAUGUCUGGGCUUGUAGUCCCGCCAAUGUAAAGUCACUUUUGUUUACCUACCGUAGCAACCAAGCUUCAGAGGAUGGGCUUAGGGGACAAGUUUAGUACAUUAAGACAUGCUGAUGGGAAACCAAGUUAUCUCCACACAGGAUCAGCAACGAGUCGAAAUGCUACGAAAACAAAACACAAACACAAAACAAAAGACUUUGUUUAAAGAUUUUAUUUAAACUAUUAAGAAAUCUACAUGCAAAACAACCUACUUCUUCAUGAACAAUUCCAUUUUAUUGACUGACUUUUUUCCUCAUAUUUUCACAUUUCUCAGUCCUGAAGAAUCAAGGAAGAAAAAAAACAAAAACAAAAACAAAAAAGCGACGCCUAUUUUGUAUAAAGUUUCUGAUUACGUCUUGGCUAUGUCUAGUACUUGCUAUGUGUUGGGAGAAACUUUGUGGAUGCACCAUUUUGAUUAUCAUGAAACACUGACGAAAAAUGCCUCCAAACAUUUUUCUGUACUUCAUAACUAGAUUCACAAUGGUUGUGUAUCUCUAUAAUGUGAAAUAUUUUUUUGUGGUGGAAAAGAAAAAAAAAACAACAAAAA